GGCAUCCGAGAGGGGUGGUCCCUUGCCCAGGCCCAUGUGAGGAGCAGCUUGCGCCGGAUUCAUGGGGGCCCACGUAAAGCAAGCUGUUUUCCGCCUCCCGCCAUUGCCCACGAUUGGAGAGAUCAUUAAACUUUUCGGACUCCGAGCCCAGAAACAACUCUCCCAGAACUUCCUCCUGGACUUGAGACUGACAGAUAAGAUUAUACGAAAGGCUGGCAAUCUAAAAAAUGCUCAUGUUUAUGAAGUAGGCCCUGGGCCAGGUGGCAUUACCAGAUCUAUUCUUAAUGCUGAAGUAGCUGAUCUUCUUGUGGUUGAAAAGGACACUCGGUUUGUUCCUGGGUUACAGAUGCUAUCUGAUGCAGCACCUGGAAAACUGAGAAUUGUUCAUGGUGAUGUGUUGACAUUUAAAGUAGAAAAGGCUUUUCCAGAACACCUUAAAAAAAAGUGGGAAGAUGAUCCUCCAAGUGUGUAUAUUAUUGGUAACUUGCCUUUUAGUGUGUCUACUCCACUAAUUAUUAAGUGGCUUGAAAAUAUUUCUGAAAGAAAUGGACCUUUUGUUUAUGGCAGAACACAGAUGACUUUGACCUUUCAGAAAGAAGUGGCUGAGAGGCUGAUUGCUGGUAUAGGAAAUAAACAACGAAGUCGACUUUCCAUCAUGGCCCAGUAUCUCUGCAAGGUUCAACAUUCCUUUACUAUUCCAGGCCGAGCUUUUGUUCCCAAACCAGAGGUGGAUGUGGGAGUGGUUCAUUUCACUCCCUUAGUGCAACCACGAAUAAAUCAGCCAUUUAAGCUUGUGGAAAAAGUUGUUCAAAGUACUUUUCAAUUCAGAAGGAAAUACUGCCAUCAUGGGAUUGGAAUUCUAUUCCCACAAGCUGAACGCUCAGAAAACACUCAAAAAAUGUUAAUGUUGGCUGAUGUGGACCCUACUUUACGGCCAGCCCAGCUCUCCAUGUUGCAUUUCAAGAACCUGUGUGAUGUCUACAGAAAAAUGUGUGAUGAAGACUCAAAUCUUUUCUCCUACAAUUUCAGGGAUGAACUCGGGCAAAAAAAAGGCAAAAAGCCUAUAAAAGAAGAUACAGAUGAUGAUGAUAAUGAUUGAUUUAGAUUCAAUAUAAGUUUCAUUUGGACUAUAAUAAUGUGCAUAAAUUUUAAAUUCACAACGUCAAAUUUCAGAUGUGGAUUUUUUUUUUCCAUUUACUCUAAUUUGGAGAGAUAUUACUAUGUUACAUGUUACUAUGUUACAGAUUAUCUAUAGGCUUUUUCAUAGUGACAAUGUUUCAGUAAGUUUUAAUAAAAAUACCAAUACCUA